AUGAGCGAGUACGCCUCCGCCGACCACGCGCAGGAGGUGACACGCGACCUCUCCGCGCGGCAGGAGGAGAGCGCGCAGCGCGUCCGGCAAGAGCGAAUCGGCGCGGCGUGCCUGAAGCGCACGCGUGCAUUCGGGAAGCUCAUUCUCUUCGGCGAGCACUUUGUGGUGUACAAGGCGCCCGCGCUGGUCGGCGCAGUCGCCGCGUACACGGAUUGCGACGUCGAGUUCACCGGCGCGCCGGGCAUCGAGGUGGUUGAUCUGCGGCCGGCGGUGCCGGGCUACAAGGUUGAGAAGGCCGCCGAGGGAGAGGAGGCGGUCAAGAUUGUGCUGUCGCACCUCGGCGUCGACACGGAGAAGCGCGGCGCGAAGAUCACCUUUGGAGGAAGCCUCACCGCCGUCUCUGGCAUCGGCGCGUCGGCGGCGCAGGUGGUGUCACUCGCCCGCGCGCUCAGUGCGGCGCUGCCGCGCACGCUGAGCGAGGAGGAGGUCAACGCCGCAGGGUACGAGGGCGAGAAGGGGUACCACGGCACGCCGUCGGGGGUGGACAACACGGCGGCCACGUACGGCGGCGUGCUGCGCUUCCAGCGUACGGACGGCGCGCCGCGUUUCGCGGCGAAGGAGCUCGCUGAGUUGGUGGUUGGCGACGUCAAGGCCAAGAAGGAGGCGGACGAGGCGUGGUUCGGCAGCCUGCUUGCGAGGUACACGGCGCUCGCGGCAGAGGGCGAGGCGGCGCUGGACGCGGGCGACAUGGCGGCGCUCGGCAGGCUGCUCGACGAGAACCACGCGCUGUGCCAAGAGCUGACGGUGAGCUGCAAGGAGCUCGACGACCUCGUGGUUGCGGCGCGCGGCGCGGGGGCGGUUGGCGCCAAGAUGAGCGGCACCGGCCGCGGCGGGCUAAUGCUCGCCCUCACGCCGACGGCCGAGUCGCAGGCGGCGGUGGCCAAGGCGCUGGAGAAGCUUGCGCCGCAGGUGUGGAUGACCACCUUUGCAUGAGAGCAGUCCAUGAGACGGCAUGUGUCAUGACCACUGCGCAUGGGGGCUGGCAACGCGAAAUCUGCGAAGGAGACACUCCUCAAAACGGUCUGCGCGAUAUAC